AUGAACUCAGAACAAGCUAAAUCAGGAUUUUCAAAUAAAUAAUUGAAUAGUGAUGAAACAUAAAGAGUUGGUGAAUGUAUUAAUCAUAAACGAUAACUUGAAGCCUUCUGUACAAUUUGUCAUGUGUAGUAAUUUCAAUAUAUAAUAGAUUAAUAUGUCCAACAUGUCUUAUGUUUGGAGAUCAUAAAGGACAUUUAGUUGAUUAAAUGGAUAAGGCAACAAAAGAUUUAAGAACAUAAAUGGAUACAGCUGCAAAAGAAGGAUUAUUAAAAUUAGAAAAAACAGAAACUGUUCUUGUAGAUAUUAGACAUACAAAACUUACAUUUGAAGAAUCAAAAUAAAAAGUAUUAAAAGAAGUUGAAUAAACUUUUACUAAAAUAUUUUAAUUAAUAAAAUAAAGAAAAGAUGAAGUUGUUAAUUUGAUAAAUCAGCAUUAUGAAUUAUAAGUUAACAAUAUUGAUACAUAAGAAUAAAUUUGGAUGGAUAAAUAAUCUAGAGCUUAUGAUGUUAUUAAACUAGCCAAAUCAUCUAAUGAUUAAUAAUUAUUAGAGAAAGCAACAUAUAUUUUGGAAAGUAUCUCUUCAUUCUAUAAUAAUAAAAGGCUUAGAUAUUUUGAGAUAAACACCCACUUAUAAAAAUGUAUACAUUGUUAAUUCUAUUGAUACCACUUUUAAUACAAAUAAUAUAUCAUUAAAUUUAUCUGAGUUUUAGAAAGGAUUGUAGAAUUGGAUCAAAUUAGGUGAAUCUGUCUUAAUACAAUUCAAAUGUUGA